AAUAUCACUUAAUGACUUUAGAUACUAGUAUCAAUAAAUCGAAUAUCGAAUCCGCCUCGAAGGUCGUUUGGACAAUGAAUAAGCAUGAAUUUCGCAAACGAGUCCCGUUUCAUGAGCCGAUUAUGCGGCACAGAUAAAACACGGAAACAGGUUUGUGGAAAAUGGGGCGAAGCGUUUUGUGUUUUGGCAAUUUUCGUUUACUGAUUGCGUUAGUUUGUUUUCUCGAUAUUUGUCUUCUCAGUAACUACGGGCCUAUAUAAUUUUGGUCCGUGCAGGAACAAACGGGAACCAGUCAAUGUGGAGUGUUGGCCAGAAGCUGGGUUCCAUCUCUUCAUUCAGACGGGACGGGAACUUCUUGUUGCUGUAUAUCGAGCAAGAUGAUGAAAGUGAAAGCGAAAGUAGGAUUCGCUCUACCGCGCACUGCAACGGAAGUACAGCUAGAUGUGUCAACCAGGAUGCUGUUUCAAGUACCAGUCUACCACUUCUCAACAUGCUGAAGGCUUGCAACGUAUUCCGCGACGUAGUGUUCCAUAGUGCAUGGCGAUGUGAAGAGAACUGUGAUGGCCAGUACAGAUGAAGACUGUGGACACCAUCUGGUAAUGGCAACUUCUGGUGAGCAGUCUAAAGGUCACAUGGCUACUUCUGGUGAGCAGUGUGAAGGUCAAAUGACAACUUCUGGUGAGCAGUCUGAAGGUCAAAUGGCAACUUCUGGUGAGCAGUCUGAAGGUCCCAUGGCAACCUCUGGUGAGCAGUCUGAAGGUCACAUGGACACUUCUGAGCCUCAAGGACAUUUGGCUAUUUCUGAUGUUGACAUGGCAAGUUCAGCUGGGGAAAUCUUCACAACAGAGGAUGACUCUGGAAACAGCGUGGUCAGUUCAGACGAGGAACCUGGAGGUCACCUGGUAUUGGCUGGUUCAGCUGAGACCGAGGAGGACCUUGAGCUAGUGAGCCAGCCACCAGUGAAAAGAUUAAGAACAGGUGACCAUCCUUCAGGUGGCUCCCAGGUGGCGAACACUCUGAACAUCAUGACUGGACAGGCCGGACAAGGAACACUUGGGAGAGGUACCCUUGAUUUGCGCACAGACGAGGCGAAGAAGAUUUUUCUUCAAACUGAACCCUACAAAGACGUGAAACGAAAAUUGAAGGAAUUUGGACAUGUGACCAUCUGCGGAGCUUCGGGAGAAGGCAAGACAACGAUGGCUCUGGUGUUGGGUUCACAGUAUAGAUGCAAAGGCUACGAGGUCGUGUUUGUGGACAACAUUGAGAAGUUUGACUUAGACCAGUGUCUUAGUAGCCACCCCAGAGUAUUCCUCAUAGUAGAUGACAUGUUUGGUACUGUUGGAUUAUCUGCGAAUACAUCACAGGUGAAAUCAUUUCUAAACAACCUUCUCCUCCAUUUAGAACAAAAGGGGAGUGCGGAAAAGCUGCAGUCAGAAAUGCAUGAAAGCACUGAUGCUGUUGGUAAAUCCAGAAAGAAAGAGCAGAGUCAACCAGAAUUUCAAACAAAAGAUAGUGAUGCUGUUGGUAAAUCCAGAAAGAAAGUGCAGAGUCAACCAGAAUUUCAAACAAAAGAUAGUGAUGCUGUUGGUAAAUCCAGAAAGAAAGUGCAGAGUCAACCAGAAUUUCAAACAAAAGAUAUUCGUGUUGUCUUCACAUCAAAGUCAUACAACUUCCAUGAUGGACUUGCAAAACUGCAGUACGAGGGUUUCAAACUGUUCAAAGGUCAAACUGUAAUGGAUUUAACCACACAAGAUAAAUACUGGCUUUCUGACAAAGAGAAAAAGACAAUAUUUGAACGACAUAGGAAAGCUCUCGGUGACUGCUCCAUGCAACAUAUACCUGAUUACAGUGAGCUGGAAAUCUGUUCAAAUAUCUUUGGAUUCCCUCUUAUUUGUAAACUUUGUUUUGAAUUUUCAUCUUUCUACAAAAAUGGAAAAUCAUUUUUCAAGGAACCACUGUUUUAUCUCAGGUUAGAGCUAAAGCGUUUGCUUGAAGAGAGAAAUGACCGAUCGGCCAUUCUGGUUCUGAUGCUACUGUGUGAAGACAAAUUGGACCUGAGCAAGUUAGACAGUGAAGGUGAGGAUAAGGAAAUGGACAGCCUGGUCAAAACUGUUUUACAGAUGAUGUCUGACGCUACACGUUCAGGCAUGUACAAAGCAGCUAAAGGUUUGAGAGGUACAUUCUUCACAAGAGGAGACACUGUUGGCUUUGCUCAUUCUUCAAUCUAUGAUGCUUGUGCGUGUGCCUUGUACAAUAUCAGUCCAAUCUUUGUUUUGAAGCACUGCAGUGAUGACUUUCUGUUUGAAAGGGUACAAGGUGACAAGGUUGAAGAAACCAAAGUUGAUGAUCAUCUCCAUUUGAUAUAUGUCUCAGAGAAUUAUGAUGACCUACUUACCACAAGGUUUACACAGUCUAUUAAACAAGGACAGUUUUCUAAAUCAGUGACACAUCCAAUUCUCAAACAAGACGCCACAGUUUUCAAGCUGCUCAAGAAACUUCAUUGUGAUCGGACAAAACAUCUUUGGUUUCACAAGAAAGAGAAAGGACAAUGUUUUCUGUACUGGGCAGUUCUUGGACAUAAUGCACGUCUAAUUACAGAUAUAGAACACACAACUGGAGAAGAGUUCACUCAAGGAGAAAUCAGUGAGGCCAUGGAAGGAUGUGCACAAAGCAACAAUGUGACAGCAUUGAAAUGGCUGUUCAGCAGGAGUGAGAAACAUGACCAUCAGUUGACACUGAACAGACUUUUGUUGGUAGCUGCUGAAAGUGGCAGCUCUGACAUACUUGUGUAUCUGCUGCAGGAAGGCGCUGAUAUUAACACAAGGGACAAGGGAAUGCAAAACAUCUUCCAUCUUGUCUGUAAAUCAGGAUUGGAAAAAACCCUGAAAGUCCUGUUAACCAGGAAACCUGGGAAUAAUGUUAUAAACUCUGUUGAUGUGAAUGGCAGGACCCCUGUCAUGGUUGCAGCACACACAGGAUCAGAGGGAUGUUUUAAGUUACUGCAGACAACAUCAAAUUUGAAAGUGAAAGAUAAACAUGGCAGCGGAAUUAUUCAUCUUGCCUGUCGUGGUGGGAACACUGCUAUAGUACAACAUGUCCUGUCUCCAUCUAACAUCAACAGCAGAGGGGUGCAUGGAUGGACAGCAGUGAUGCAGGCAGCUGUCAGUGGACAUCAAAGUGUGUUUGACCUUGUGUCCAACCAAGCUGACCUCACACUGGUGGAUACAUAUGGUAAUAGUUUACUUCAUCUUGCCUGUCAGGGUGGAAACACAGCUAUAGUACAACAUGUCCUGUCUCCAUCUAACAUCAACAGCAGAGGGGUGCAUGGAUGGACAGCAGUGAUGCAGGCAGCUGUCAGUGGACAUCAAAGUGUGUUUGACCUUGUGUCCAACCAAGCUGACCUCACACUGGUGGAUACAUAUGGUAAUAGUUUACUUCAUCUUGCAUGUCGUGGUGGAAACACAGCUAUAGUACAACAUGUCCUGUCACCUUCUAACAUCAACAGUAGAGGGAUGUGUGGAUACACACCAGUAAUGGUGGCAGCUUUUAGUGGACAUCAAAGUGUGUUUGACCUCCUUGUGUCCAACCAAGCUGACCUCACACUGGUGGAUACAUAUGGUGACAGUUUACUUCAUCUUGCCUGUCGUGGUGGGAACACUGCUAUACUACAACAUGUCCUGUCUCCAUCUAACAUCAAUAGUAGAGGCAGAUAUGGAUGGACAGCAGCAAUGAAGGCAGCUGUCAGUGGACAUCAAAGUGUGUUUGACCUCCUUGUGUCCAGCCAAGCUGACCUCACACUGGUGGAUGCAGAUGGUGAUAGUUUACUUCAUCUUGCCUGUCAGGGUGGGAACACUGCUAUAGUACAACAUGUCCUGUCUCCAUCUAACAUCAACAGUAGAGGGAGAUAUGGAUGGACAGCAGCAAUGAAGGCAGCUGUCAGUGGACAUCAAAGUGUGUUUGACCUCCUUGUGUCCAACCAAGCUGACCUCACACUGGUGGAUACAUAUGGUGACAGUUUACUUCAUCUUGCCUGUCGUGGUGGGAACACUGCUAUAGUACAACAUGUCAUGUCUCCAUCUAACAUCAACAGCAGAGGGGAGUAUGGAUGGACAGCAGUGAUGCAGGCAGCUCUCAACGGACAUCAAAGUGUGUUUGACCUCCUUGUGUCCAACCAAGCUGACCUCACACUGGUGGAUACACCUGGUGACAGUUUACUUCAUCUUGCCUGUCGUGGUGGGAACACUGCUAUAGUACAACAUGUCCUGUCUCCAUCUAACAUCAACAGCAGAGGGGUGUAUGGAUGGACAGCAGUGAUGCAGGCAGCUCUCAGUGGACAUCAAAGUGUGUUUGACUUCCUUGUGUCCAACCAAGCUGACCUCACACUGGUGGCUGCAGAUGGUGAUAGUUUACUUCAUCUUGCCUGUCAUGGUGGGAACACUGCUAUUGUAAAACAUGUCCUGUCUCCAUCUAACAUCAACAGUAGAGGCAGAUAUGGAUGGACAGCAGCAAUGAAGGCAGCUGUCAAUGGACAUCAAAGUGUGUUUGACCUCCUUGUGUCCAACCAAGCUGACCUCACACUGGUGUCUAUAUCUGGUGAUAGUUUACUUCAUCUUGCCUGUCGUGGUGGGAACACUGCUAUUGUAAAACAUGUCCUCACACCUUCUAACAUCAACAGCAGAGGGGAGUAUGGAAGGACAGCAGCAAUGAAGGCAGCUGUCAGUGGACAUCAAAGUGUGUUUGACCUCCUAGUGUCCAACCAAGCUGACCUCACACUGGUGGAUGCAGAUGGUGAUAGUUUACUUCAUCUUGCCUGUCAGGGGGGGAACACUGGUAUAGUACAACAUGUCCUGUCUCAAUCUAACAUCAACAGUAGAGGCAGAUAUGGAUGGACAGCAGCAAUGAAGGCAGCUGUCACUGGACAUCAAAGUGUGUUUGACCUCCUUGUGUCCAACCAAGCUGACCUCACACUGGUGUCUAUAUCUGGUGAUAGUUUACUUCAUCUUGCCUGUCAUGGUGGGAACGCUGCUAUAGUACAACAUGUCCUGACACCUUCUAACAUCAACAGCAGAGGGGAGUAUGGAAGGACAGCAGCAAUGAGGGCAGCUGUCAGUGGACAUCAAAGUGUGUAUGACCUCCUAGUGUCCAACCAAGCUGACCUCACACUGGUGGAUGCAGAUGGUGAUAGUUUACUUCAUCUUGCCUGUCAGGGUGGGAACACUGCUAUUGUAAAACAUGUCCUGACACCUUCUAACAUCAACAGCAGAGGGGAGUAUGGAAGGACAGCAGCAAUGAAGGCAGCUGUCAAUGGACAUCAAAGUGUGUUUGACCUCCUUGUGUCCAACCAAGCUGACCUCACACUGGUGGCUGCAGAUGGUGAUAGUUUACUUCAUCUUGCCUGUCGUGGUGGGAACACUGCUAUUGUAAAACAUGUCCUCACACCUUCUAACAUCAACAGCAGAGGGGAGUAUGGAAGGACAGCAGCAAUGAAGGCAGCUGUCAGUGGACAUCAAAGUGUGUUUGACCUCCUAGUGUCCAACCAAGCUGACCUCACACUGGUGGAUGCAGAUGGUGAUAGUUUACUUCAUCUUGCCUGUCAGGGGGGGAACACUGCUAUUGUAAAACAUGUCCUGACACCUUCUAACAUCAACAGCAGAGGGGAGUAUGGAAGGACAGCAGCAAUGAGGGCAGCUGUCAGUGGACAUCAAAGUGUGUAUGACCUCCUAGUGUCCAACCAAGCUGACCUCACACUGGUGGAUGCAGAUGGUGAUAGUUUACUUCAUCUUGCCUGUCAGGGUGGGAACACUGCUAUUGUAAAACAUGUCCUGACACCUUCUAACAUCAACAGCAGAGGGGAGUAUGGAAGGACAGCAGCAAUGAGGGCAGCUGUCAGUGGACAUCAAAGUGUGUAUGACCUCCUAGUGUCCAACCAAGCUGACCUCACACUGGUGGAUGCAGAUGGUGAUAGUUUACUUCAUCUUGCCUGUCAGGGUGGGAACACUGCUAUUGUAAAACAUGUCCUGACACCUUCUGACAUCAACAGCAGAGGGCAGUAUGGAAGGACAGCAGCAAUGAAGGCAGCUGUCAAUGGACAUCAAAGUGUGUUUGACCUCCUAGUGUCCAACCAAGCUGACCUCACACUGGUGGAUGCAGAUGGUGAUAGUUUACUUCACCUUGCCUGUGAGGGUGGGAACACUGCUAUUGUAAAACAUGCCCUGACACCUUCUAACAUCAACAGCAGAGGGGAGUAUGGAAGGACAGCAGCAAUGAGGGCAGCUGUCAAUGGACAUCAAAGUUUGUUUGACCUCCUUGUGUCCAGCCAAGCUGACCUCACACUGGUGGAUGCAGAUGGUGAUAGUUUACUUCAUCUUGCCUGUCAGGGUGGGAACACUGCUAUUGUAAAACAUGUCCUGACACCUUCUGACAUCAACAGCAGAGGGCAGUAUGGAUGGACAGCAGCAAUGAAGGCAGCUGUCAAUGGACAUCAAAGUUUGUUUGACCUCCUUGUGUCCAGCCAAGCUGACCUCACACUGGUGUCUAUAUCUGGUGAUAGUUUACUUCAUCUUGCCUGUGAGGGUGGGAACACUGCUAUUGUAAAACAUGUCCUGACACCUUCUAACAUCAACAGCAGAGGGGAGUAUGGAAGGACAGCAGCAAUGAGGGCAGCUGUCAGUGGACAUCAAAGUGUGUAUGACCUCCUAGUGUCCAACCAAGCUGACCUCACACUGGUGGAUGCAGAUGGUGAUAGUUUACUUCAUCUUGCCUGUGAGGGUGGGAACACUGCUAUUGUAAAACAUGUCCUGACACCUUCUAACAUCAACAGCAGAGGGCAGUAUGGAAGGACAGCAGCAAUGAAGGCAGCUGUCAAUGGACAUCAAAGUGUGUUUGACCUCCUAGUGUCCAACCAAGCUGAACUCACACUGGUGGAUGCAGAUGGUGAUAGUUUACUUCAUCUUGCCUGUGAGGGUGGGAACACUGCUAUUGUAAAACAUGCCCUGACACCUUCUAACAUCAACAGCAGAGGGGAGUAUGGAAGGACAGCAGCAAUGAGGGCAGCUGUCAAUGGACAUCAAAGUUUGUUUGACCUCCUUGUGUCCAGCCAAGCUGACCUCACACUGGUGGAUGCAGAUGGUGAUAGUUUACUUCAUCUUGCCUGUCAGGGUGGGAACACUGCUAUAGUACAACAUGUCCUGUCUCCAUCUAACAUCAACAGUAGAGGCAGAUAUGGAUGGACAGCAGCAAUGAAGGCAGCUGUCACUGGACAUCAAAGUGUGUUUGACCUCCUUGUGUCCAACCAAGCUGACCUCACACUGGUGUCUAUAUCUGGUGAUAGUUUACUUCAUCUUGCCUGUCGUGGUGGGAACACUGCUAUUGUAAAACAUGUCCUGACACCUUCUGACAUCAACAGCAGAGGGCAGUAUGGAUGGACAGCAGCAAUGAAGGCAGCUGUCAAUGGACAUCAAAGUUUGUUUGACCUCCUUGUGUCCAGCCAAGCUGACCUCACACUGGUGUCUAUAUCUGGUGAUAGUUUACUUCAUCUUGCCUGUGAGGGUGGGAACACUGCUAUUGUAAAACAUGUCCUGACACCUUCUAACAUCAACAGCAGAGGGGAGUAUGGAAGGACAGCAGCAAUGAGGGCAGCUGUCAGUGGACAUCAAAGUGUGUAUGACCUCCUAGUGUCCAACCAAGCUGACCUCACACUGGUGGAUGCAGAUGGUGAUAGUUUACUUCAUCUUGCCUGUGAGGGUGGGAACAGUGCUAUUGUAAAACAUGUCCUGACACCUUCAAACAUCAACAGCAGAGGGCAGUAUGGAAGGACAGCAGCAAUGAAGGCAGCUGUCAGUGGACAUCAAAGUGUGUUUGACCUCCUAGUGUCCAACCAAGCUGACCUCACACUGGUGGAUGCAGAUGGUGAUAGUUUACUUCAUCUUGCCUGUGAGGGUGGGAACACUGCUAUUGUAAAACAUGCCCUGACACCUUCUAACAUCAACAGCAGAGGGGAGUAUGGAAGGACAGCAGCAAUGAGGGCAGCUGUCAAUGGACAUCAAAGUUUGUUUGACCUCCUUGUGUCCAGCCAAGCUGACCUCACACUGGUGGAUGCAGAUGGUGAUAGUUUACUUCAUCUUGCCUGUCAGGGUGGGAACACUGCUAUAGUACAACAUGUCCUGUCUCCAUCUAACAUCAACAGUAGAGGCAGAUAUGGAUGGACAGCAGCAAUGAAGGCAGCUGUCACUGGACAUCAAAGUGUGUUUGACCUCCUUGUGUCCAACCAAGCUGACCUCACACUGGUGUCUAUAUCUGGUGAUAGUUUACUUCAUCUUGCCUGUCGUGGUGGGAACACUGCUAUUGUACAACAUGUCCUGACACCUUCUAACAUCAACAGCAGAGGGGAGUAUGGAAGGACAGCAGCAAUGAGGGCAGCUGUCAGUGGACAUCAAAGUGUGUUUGACCUCCUAGUGUCCAACCAAGCUGACCUCACACUGGUGGAUGCAGAUGGUGAUAGUUUACUUCAUCUUGCCUGUCGUGGUGGGAACACUGCUAUAGUACAACAUGUCCUGACACCUUCUAACAUCAACAGCAGAGGGGAGUAUGGAAGGACAGCAGCAAUGAGGGCAGCUGUCAGUGGACAUCAAAGUGUGUUUGACCUCCUGGUGUCCAACCAAGCUGACCUCACACUGGUGGAUGCAGAUGGUGAUAGUUUACUUCAUCUUGCCUGUGAGGGUGGGAACACUGCUAUUGUAAAACAUGUCCUGACACCUUCUAACAUCAACAGCAGAGGGGAGUAUGGAAGGACAGCAGCAAUGAGGGCAGCUGUCAGUGGACAUCAAAGUGUGUUUGACCUCCUAGUGUCCAACCAAGCUGACCUCACACUGGUGGAUGCAGAUGGUGAUAGUUUACUUCAUCUUGCCUGUGAGGGUGGGAAAACUGCUAUUGUAAAACAUGUCCUGACAACUUCUGACAUCAACAGCAGAGGGCAGUAUGGAUGGACAGCAGCAAUGAAGGCAGCUGUCAAUGGACAUCAAAGUUUGUUUGACCUCCUUGUGUCCAGCCAAGCUGACCUCACACUGGUGGAUGCAGAUGGUGAUAGUUUACUUCAUCUUGCCUGUCAUGGGGGGAACACUGCUAUAGUACAACAUGUCCUGUCUCCAUCUAACAUCAACAUUAGAGGGAGUGAAGGAUACACACCUGUGAUGAAAGCUGUAUUCCAUGGACAUAGAGAUGUGGUUGACCUCCUUGUGCAGCAUAAAGCUGACCUCACACUUCUAACAGACAGUAAUGAGGACAUUGAAUGUGUAGCUCAGAUGAGAGGACAUCCUACACUAGCCAAGUAUCUUCAAACAGUUAAACAUCCUCACUGAUUAAGCUGCGUGUUAUGUGUUCUAAAGGAAAUUUAUUGAUUGUGUAUUGCAACUAUGUUCUACACUAGAACAUUCAUUCUUGCAGACUUGGAAACACUGUAAACAUUUAGUCAAUACAUUGUGCUUAUUUUGUAUUUAUGCUGUAUAUAUUUCAACAGUAUUUCUUAAGUGGCUGUCAACAUUUGAACCUGUUGCCUACAUAUGGAGGUGAGCGACAUUGCUGAGGCACCAUAUUAACAGUUAAGUCAGUUUUCUCAAAUUUUCUCUGAGAGAAAAUUAUUUUUCCAUUAUUCAAUCUGAAUAUAUAAUAUAUUGAGAGUGAGGUGGAGCUUUUCGUCUCCAAUAGACAGGAAUAUCGUUGAAAUGAUGAUUUUACAAACUUCCCAUCUUUUUCUGAUACGAAGAGCUAACACUGACCAUUCAUGUAUUGCCAGACAGCUAGCAUUGUAGAAAUGUCCUAAUUUUGUACAUAUAUUGUGAUUGUAAAUUUUGGCUCAGUUUGUAAUAAACUUCAUUCAUCCUUGAAGGUU